AUGGCGACCGGACAACCCAACCUCUACAGCUUCCCCAGCACAAGUACGCUAGCCGAGCAAUUACGCCCGUACGUACUCUCCAGCCAGAAUGCCGCCCUAGCCCGCCACGGCAGCUUCCGCGUCGCCGUCUCCGGCGGCUCCCUGCCCACCGUGCUCGCCCGCGCCCUUCUAGCCCCCAGCAACGGCACCCCCGAAGACACCCCCCAGUUCUCCAAGUGGCACAUCUUCUUCGCGGACGAGCGCGCCGUGCCCCUCGACCACGUCGACAGCAACUACCGCCUGCUGCAGGAGGAGCUGCUCAGCAAGAUCCCUGCGGAGCUCGGAGCUCCGACCGUGUACCCCAUCGAUGCCGAGGCCGUCAAGAAAGAUGAUACCCAGGAGCUGGCGGAUCUGUACCAGGAGGACUUGAUGCGCGUGUUCGCCGCCAAGGAUAGCGUCAAGACGCCUAUCUUUGACUUGAUUCUUUUGGGCUGUGGACCGGACGGUCAUACGUGCAGUUUGUUCCCUGGUCACGACCUGCUGCGGGAGAAGGAUGCUUGGGUCGCUCCGGAGACAAACUCGCCCAAGCCUCCCCCUAAGCGUAUUACCCUUACUCUCCCCGUUGUCACUGCUGCUAUUCACAUCGCUUUUGUGGCUACUGGUGCUGGAAAGAAGGAUAUCAUGAAGGAGAUCUUCGAUACCGAGGCUGGUCGCAGUCUUCCUUCCGCUUUGGUUAACCAAGGUGGCGGUGAGAAGGUGAGCUGGUUCACCGAUCACCCUGCCAUUGAUGGUGUUGCCUAUCCCCGUCGUGGCAACCUGUGA